AUGCGUAAUUCUGUGAUUGAGGGCCGCCGGUACCGAAAGACGAAGAGAGAAAUCGACGCAGACCUGGAUAAGAUCAAUAAUGACGCGCAACCAGCUUGGAACGAGUAUACCGCUGCCAUUAACGACCUCAAGGCGGCGAAAUGGAACUCGCGUUUCAGGUCCGCAUCUCGAAUGCUUGCAGAACGACGUAGUCUAAAAGAGGCAAAAGGAAGAGUUAGACGCGCGCAACUAGCGUAUCGAAGUUUUAAGACGCGUGAACUACAGCUGAAGGGCAGGCUGCAGGAUGCGGAGCAGAGAUGGUUCGCUGUCCUGAAAGAUAUGGACUAUUACCAAGCCAUGUUUCUGGAGCAUGCUGGGUCGUUACCGCAGGAUAAGGACAAAGGCUGGCCAUUGAAAGCUUACGAGUACCAUCAAAGGAUUCGGUCUCGACACUAUGGGGACGGUGAUGUCUAUGACGGGGAGGAUACCGACACUGAUAGCUCUAUUGAGGAAGCCACGACGCGCGUAGGCGACAACGAAACUCCAGAGCAGGCUCAACGAUCGUACAAUAAAGAACUAAUUGAUAUCAAAGAAGAUUGGGUGCAACACCUUGCAGGUCUAGAGGCGAAACUCCAGUCUGCGAGGCAGCAGCAUGACUAUGCCCGAGGCACGCACGGACCCUUGUUGGAUUUCUACUGCCAAGAUAACCCCGAUCGCGAUCCAGAGGAACUGAAGGAUGAGUAUGGCCCGAAAUUUGUGCAGCUUACGCGAAAAUAUGUGACGAUGAUACGAGAUGCAGAGGACGCAUUAGAUAACGGAAACGCGGCGGCGAGAGCAGCUGGAAUCGAUCCAUAUGCGGAAAAUGCGUACGACUUGCGUGGCGAUGAGAAGUACCUAGAGAGAUUGGUUGCGGAAGACGCCGAAAAAUGUAUAGCAAAUGUCGACCGCAGAAAGAUCUCUCGAUGGCUAGAUAGCUUCCGAAGAUACCAGCCAUGGCCAGUGUUGAAGCUGAACUCCGACGCUCAGAUUCAGCGGGAAGCCAACUAUGUGAUAGGGUAG